CGAGCGCCCGCCCUCCCUUCGCCGGCGCCGGGCGGCGGCCCACGUGACGGGAAGCGGCGGCGGCGGGGCGGGCAGCCCAGGAGCCGCGGCCGGAGCGGGCGGCGGGGCCCCAGGCCGCGGGCGGCGCGGGACGGCUGCGCUGCGCUGGUCACCCGGUAGACAUGAUGAACAUCAAGGCCUUCACUUUGGUCUCUGCCGUGGAGCAGGAUGUGCUGACUGGUGACAAAGAGCACAUCAGCAUUGAGUGUGUGGAGUGCUGUGGCAGGGAUCUCUACGUCGGCACCAAUGACUGCUUCAUUUACCACUUCCUGUUGGAGGAGAGGACCACGCCUUCUGGGACAGCCUCGUUCAUGGCCACCAAACAGCUGCACAGACACCUGGGCUUCAAGAAGCCUGUGAGCGAGCUGUGUGCGGCCUCAGCUCUCAAUAGGCUGCUGGUGCUCUGUGACAACUCCAUAACCCUGGUUAACAUGCUGAACCUGGAGCCAGUCCCCUCCGGAGCCCGCAUCAAGGGGGCCACAACAUUUGCAGUGAACGAGAACCCCGUGAAUGGGGACCCUUUCUGCGUGGAAGUGUGUAUCAUCUCGGUGAAGCGCAGGACCGUCCAAAUGUUUCUGGUGUACGAGGACCGAGUACAGAUUGUCAAGGAAGUAUCCACUCCAGAGCAGCCCCUUGCUGUGGCUGUGGACGGCUACUUCUUAUGCCUGGCCCUGACUACUCAGUACAUCAUCCUGAACUACAGCACAGGCCUUUCCCAGGACCUGUUUCCCUACUGCAGCGAGGAGAAGCCGCCCAUUGUCAAGAGGAUAGGCAGACAGGAGUUCCUGCUGGCUGGCCCCGGAGGCCUGGGCAUGUUUGCCACCGUGGCCGGAAUUUCCCAGCGGGCCCCUGUGCACUGGUCAGAGAAUGUGAUUGGGGCAGCUGUUUGCUUCCCCUACGUCAUAGCGCUGGAUGACGAAUUCAUCACGGUUCACAGCAUGCUGGAUCAACAGCAGAAACAGACCCUGCCCUUUAAGGAAGGUCACAUCCUGCAGGACUUUGAAGGAAGAGUGAUUGUUGCCACAAGCAAAGGAGUUUACAUCUUGGUUCCAUUACCUCUGGAAAAACAAAUACAGGAUCUGUUAGCAAGCCGGAGAGUGGAGGAGGCUUUGGUUUUAGCAAAAGGAGCCCGGAGGAACAUUCCAAAAGAGAAAUUUCAGGUAAUGUACAGGAGGAUUCUGCAGCAGGCAGGCUUUAUACAGUUUGCACAACUCCAGUUCCUGGAAGCCAAAGAGCUCUUCAGAAGCAGCCAGCUGGAUGUCCGGGAGCUGAUCUCUCUCUACCCCUUCCUGUUGCCCACCUCCUCUUCCUUCACCCGGUCUCACCCUCCUCUCCAUGAGUACGCAGACCUGAACCAACUGACCCAAGGCGAUCAGGAGAAGAUGGCCAAAUGCAAGCGCUUCCUCAUGAGCUACCUGAACGAAGUGCGCAGCACAGAGGUAGCAAACGGCUACAAGGAAGACAUUGACACGGCCCUGCUCAAGCUGUAUGCAGAGGCUGACCACGACAGCCUACUGGACCUCUUAGUCACUGAGAACUUCUGCCUGCUGACGGACAGUGCUGCCUGGCUGGAGAAGCACAAGAAGUAUUUUGCACUGGGGCUGCUCUAUCAUUACAAUAAGCAAGAUGCCUCUGCAGUUCAGUUGUGGGUGAACAUUGUGAACGGGGACAUCCAGGACUCGACACGCUCAGACCUGUAUGAAUACAUCGUUGAUUUCCUUACCUACUGCUUAGACCAGGAGCUGGUGUGGACACAUGCUGACUGGCUGUUGCAGAAAAGCGAGGAGAUUGGAGUUCAAGUUUUCACGAAGAGGCCUCUGGGUGAGCAGCAGCAGCAGCAGGCCGGUUUUAAUCCAGAAGACAUUAUCCGUUGCCUUAAGAAAUACCCGAAAGCCCUGGUUAAAUACCUGGAGCAUCUUGUUAUCGACAGGAGAUUGCAGAAAGAAGAGUACCACACCCACCUGGCCACCCUCUACCUGGAGGAAGUUCUGCGGCAGAGGGCAGCCCCUGGCAGCAAGGGCGUGGAAGUCACCGAGGUGCAGGCCAAACUCCGCAGGCUGCUCCAGCAGUCCGACUCAUACCGCGUCCACCUGUUGAAAGAGAAGAUCCAGGGUGCCGGCCUGCCCAUGGAAAGCGCCAUCCUCCACGGGAAGCUGGGCGAGCACGAGAAGGCCCUGCAUAUCCUAGUGCACGAGAUGGGCGACUUCUCUGCAGCCGAGGACUACUGCCUGUGGGGCUCCGAGGGUCAGGACGCAGCCAGCCGCCAGCGCCUUUUCCACACCCUGCUGGCCAUGUACCUCCGCGCGGGCCCCUCCGCCCACGAGCUGACCGUGGCCGCUGUGGACUUGCUGAACCAUCACGCCAGGGAGUUUGAUGCCGCCCAGGUCCUGCAGCUGCUGCCUGACACGUGGUCAGUGCAGCUUCUCUGCCCGUUCCUCACGGGGGCCAUGAGGGACAGCGUCCACGCCAGGAGGACCACACAGGUGGCUCUUGGCCUGGCCAAGUCGGAAAACCUGAUUUACAUGUACGACAAGAUGAAGCUGAAGGGAAGUGCCGUCCGGCUCUCAGAAAAAAAGCUUUGCCAGCUCUGCCAGAACCCUUUCUGUGAGCCUGUGUUCGUCAGGUGCCCAAACGGAGGGCUCAUGCACACCCACUGUGCUGCCAGCAGACACGCAACCCCCAGCUCGCCCAGCCCCGGCACUCGGACUUGAGAAGUGUGGUUCCAGGCUGCAAUGGGGAUUCUGAGCCCUUUUCCAAACCUGCUUUGUCCCACCCAGUCAGCCAGAACAAAGGGAAGGCAUCUGGCUGCCAGGGAAAUGCCAUCACCUCGCCACCGAUUGUUCUGUGUGUGAAUGUAAACGGAAAAGGCCUGAAACCCCAAGAAUAGCGGCAGGCCAGAGACCACCCCAUCCAGGAGGGUUCUGUCAUCCAAAGCACAAGCCAACUUUGAGAAGCACGCCCUGCAGCCUGGGCGAUCCGAACACAGGUUGGGCCCGGAAAUGAGGCCCCGCCUGGCUCAGGGUGCAGAGUCCCGAGGCGGGCACCUUGCCUUCUUGAGGAGGUGCGUUCUUCAUAGAGGCUGCGCGUGUGCCGCUGAAGUGGACAUAGUUUCUGUUCUUCCCAUCCAGCCGUCGACCUUGGAGACCCUCUGCCCUGUUCACUUAAGCACUCAGUUGGUGUAAGGUCCUGUGCUUCCGACUGCCUGCCUAGCACAUGGAGAUCUGUUCAGAAACAUAAAGCUUGAAGCAGGAGGGAUGGAGAAAUGGUUGCACCAACCCUGACAACCUGUAUUCAAUCCCCAGACCCUACAUGUGGGAGGAGAGAACCAGCUCCCACAGGCUGUCCCCUUUUCACGGGCGCACACGCACGGGCGCACGCACGCGCACACAUACACACACACACACACACACACACGGGGGAAGAAGGAAAAGAGAUGGAAGUGGGAAGCUGCUUGCCCGUCCUGAGGUCUGAGGUCUGCAUCAGAAAGGGGCCCUCGGGUUGUGUGAGUUCGUUUCCAUCCACUUGAUUGGACAUACACAGCUAAAUAUUAUUAUUUGAAUCCAUAUAAUCUGUGUAGUUUUCUCUCGUUUGGAAUUUCCUCGGUCAUUUUCAUUACAGAUACCCCUUUGUUCACUAAAGUGUACCUCCUACUGAAUACUUGGGAAAAUCAAAGGGAAACGUGAUGAGUAAACCAAUGAGCCUUCCGGGGGAGGCUGGCGGUGGCAGCCUCCGCCCUGUGAGCUCUUCCCGCAGCUGUUUGUGCUGUGUGGACCUCAGGAGGCAGUCUGGCCAGGCCGCCUGAUGUGCCCACACAUCUCUAUGGCUGCUGAGCUUCCUGAGCCCUCAAGGGAAAGGCCUCGUCCGUGACCAGCUGGACCUGGUGUGUCUGCGUCGGGUCACAAACCAGCUGCAGCUCCUGCCAUUUCACUGCCCUCUUUCAAGUCAUCUGUGAGAACCUCGGGACAGACAGACAGACAGACAGCACACCCUCUUCUGUGAUACCUGGGCUGACCGAACACACCCUCUCCCCACCUGCCAGACCUCCCCUCAGUGUCUUCACACAAUGCUCCCCGGACUUACAAUGAUCAGGGUAUUCCUUUCCUCUUGGGACUCCGAGUAAGCCAGGGAGUAAAAAGCAUCUGUCACCGUCCAUGGGGGGGGAGGGCUGACACCCUCUUCCCUGUGUGCGUUGAGUGUCUAAGAAUAAAUGAAGUCUCCUUGCAGCUCCCCUGUGUCCCAAGGAUGACUGAGAACACUCUUCGCACUGAAUGCCAUACAAACCCAUGAAUUGGUGUCUUAAUUCCCAAAGAACGAGUUACCCCACGAGCAGUGUGAAACUUGAAAGCUCCCUGCACAAAAUGGCUCGGUCUCAAAGGGCUUGUGACUGCUCACUCCUAACCUAGUCUCUUCUCUGAGUGUGGAGCCACAAAGCUGAACAGUUCAACCCCCACCGAAUCCUUCUACGAGGGGGAGAAGAUUCGCCCUCAUACGUUACAAAUCCUAUCUCCUCACCUUCCUCACACUCUCCCCAGGGCUGUUUCUCCAAUCCCAUUUUAAAGAUGAACACAUGGUCCUAUCCUCACAGCCGGUAACUGUCCGUUGAGUGGUGCCGUGAUGACUGGAACCGGGCCUUUUCCCUCCCUUUAGGCUCUGCCCAACCAUCCCAGUCAGAGAGCAGCGUGGGCUGAGAUUGGUUCGCAUUCAUAUCUGUUGGGUGGGACUGUUUAAUUGGGGGAAACUGUUUUAUCUGCUGUUGCCCACAAGGUGUUAACGCAGGCCUGUCACCUAGGCUGUGAGAGGCUUCACGAGCCAUGCUCACACUAUCGGAGCACAAAGAAGUGAGUGCUUGGUCAAACUCACGUGGCAUCUGUCGCACAGCUAGGGCAGCCCUUGCCUUCUGCUUGCUCUCCCACAGGAAACCCUGUCUUCAUAGCUCCCUUUGCCUCUUAAUGGGUCCCAAAUCCACAAGAUGUACAAAUGUAAACUUGUUGAUUUUAUUAAAAUUCUUCUAAUUCUU